AAAUUUGUACUUUCUCAGUGUCAAAUACUUGAGUAGUAAAAUAUUUAUUAUAGAUACCUUGUACUCAAACCUAAACUACCAAGUACAAACUUAACAAUUAAUGUCUCCAAAAUUAGUUGCAACAAUCAAUUUUAAUCCACCACCUAAGCAUUAAGCAUUGCUCUUUCUCUCUCUCCUAUCAACCUCUAAAAUUGUGACUCUUUGAGAGGGACAAAAAGAGAGAGGGGGUGUGUAUGUUUGUUCAAAUAUUUUGCUAAUUCUACUCUCUCUAUCUCACCUCCCCCCCCCAAGAAAAAAAAAAAAAAAAAACCUUGAAAUUCGAUCGGUAUCCAUAUACUCCACGUUGUAUAAAGUUGCUUGAAAAGAUUUUAACAAAAAUGAGUAAGUCAGUUGGAAGGCUAAUUGGGUGGUGGAGAGUGUUGGUUGCUGCUUCUUUCUUCUUUCAUGGCCUUUCUUCUUCUGAUAAAGCUCCCAACUAUAGCUUUGUCCAUAAUGCAACAACAGCACCAACAACCUCCUAUUACGACUACAUAAUUGUUGGGGGCGGGACGGCCGGGUGUCCCUUAGCUGCAACGUUAUCUCAUAACGCGACCGUGUUACUCCUAGAGCGAGGGGGCUCACCGUAUGGAAACUCGAACAUAACCCUACUCUCCUCAUUUGGGUCCGCCCUCUCGGACCUCUCCCCAACUUCCCCGUCCCAACGAUUUAUAUCUGAGGACGGGGUUAUUAAUGCAAGGGCCCGUGUCCUAGGGGGCGGGUCCUGCCUCAAUGCCGGGUUCUACACCCGUGCAGGACCCGGCUAUGUACGAGACGUGGGGUGGGACUCACGUCUUGUAAACGAGUCGUACCACUGGGUUGAGGACGUGGUGGCGUUUGAGCCCCCAAUGAGGGAAUGGCAAACAGCCGUUAGGGAUGGUCUACUACAAGCUGGAAUAGUCCCUAAUAAUGGGUUCACUUAUGAUCAUAUUAAUGGGACUAAAGUUGGUGGGACCAUCUUUGAUAGAGAUGGUAAUAGGCAUACUGCGGCUAAUUUGUUGGGCUAUGCCAAUCCCCAAGGAAUUAAUGUGCUCUUACAUGCUACUGUCCACAAGAUCUUGUUUAAAACAAAAGGGGUGGCGAGGCCACAAGCCCACGGGGUGCGAUUUGUGGAUGCACAAGGGGUACGACACACGGCCUACUUAAAGUCCGGGUCUAAAAGUGAAGUUAUAAUUUCAGCUGGAGCAUUAGGAAGUCCACAAUUGCUAAUGCUUAGUGGAGUUGGCCCAGCAGAUCAUCUUAAGUCCUACAAUAUUAGCCUAGUUUUGGAUCAGCCCAUGGUUGGGCAGGGUAUGAGAGACAAUCCAAUGAAUGCAAUUUACAUCCCUUCUCCUCUUCCUGUGGAGGUCUCCCUCAUCCAAGUCGUUGGCAUCACCCCCUUUGGCAGCUACAUUGAGGCUGCUAGCGGCGAGAACUUUGGUGGCAGCAACACCCAUCCUAGAGACUUUGGCAUGCUCUCUCCAAAGAUUGGUCAACUAUCAGUAGUACCACCAAAGCAAAGAACCCCAGAGGCAUUAGCCGAGGCCAUAGAGCAAAUGUCCAACCUACCAGACAUAGCCUUCCAAGGCGGGUUCAUACUCGAAAAAAUAAUGGGUCCAAUAUCAACAGGUCACCUCGAGCUUCAAAGUCUCAACCCAAACGACAACCCAUCAGUAACCUUCAACUACUUCCAAGAACCCGAGGACCUACAAAGGUGUGUGCAAGGGCUCCAAACCAUUGAAAAAGUAAUAGAAUCUCAACCAUUUUCUAAGUUCAAGUAUCAAGGUAUAUCAGUUCAUACACUCCUCAAUAUGACUGCUAGCACCCCUGUAAACUUGCUGCCUCACCACGCCAACGUAUCAACCUCGCUCGAGCAGUUCUGCAAGGACACAGUCAUGACUAUCUGGCAUUACCAUGGAGGUUGUCUGGUUGGAAGAGUAGUGGAUUCGGAUUAUAAGGUUAUCGGAAUUGAUUCAUUACGAGUGAUUGAUGGAUCAACCUUUUAUUACUCCCCUGGGACUAAUCCUCAGGCUACUGUUAUGAUGCUUGGAAGGUACAUGGGAGUAAGGAUAUUAAGAGACAGAUUAGAGAGCCAAGGGAAAAAAUGAGCUUGACAAUCAUUAAUAAAGAUCAAUGAUCAUGGAUGAUUAUUACAAGAUGAUGCAGUUUUAUUUUCUUUUAAAAAAAAAAUCCCAAUUUGUUGUUCUCAAAACAAAUUUUGAGAUCUUAAAUUGUUACUGUAAUAAUUGUAUCACAUUUUCUCUUAUUCUUGGAAAAGUAUCAUAUCUAUGCUAUAAAAUUUGUAAUAUUUAGCAUUAUCAGCAACUUCCAACUUUGUUCAAUCUAAUGAGAAUACGAAGUAUC